AUGUAUGUGAAAUGGUUUGAUACAGUAAUGUUUUACUAUGUGAUUUUAGUGUAUUGAGUGAAUGUCACUUUUUGUCAUUUUCAAAUUUCCCGCCGUUCCUUCUUCCGUACGUCCCGAUGCUUGCAGGGGACGGAACCCAGAUGACAGAUGCCGGCAUCCGCAGGAUUACAUUGCCGGGGACACUGCAGGAGGGACAUCGCGGGAGUGCAGGACAAGGUAAGUGAAGAACAGAUGCUGGAGCAGCGCCGCAUGGUAAGCUCGAGUGUAGCUCAGGGUUACCGCUUGUGCUACACUCGGGAAUACCGUCAGGGAGGUUAAG